CAACACACAGUAUCGUUCCCAGUCUCUGUGCGUGAGGGUGAGGUAAACACGCGAAUCUGUCAAAAUCGCUAAAGUUGUUUUGAACGUUCGUCAGCUUUCCACUGCACACAAUCGUGUUUUCCCAAUUUUAUAUCGCAAAAUGCCGAUUCUAGCUGAGCUUGCCGGUGACGAGAACAGUGGAGAGCACUCGCGCACCUUCGUUUUCGAAGACGAAGGUCACACGCUGGGCAAUGUGCUCAAGAGCAUCAUUUGCAGAUAUCCGGAUGUGAACUUCUGCGGCUACACCGUGCCUCAUCCGGCGGAAAACAAGAUGCACUUCCGGAUUCAGGCUGCCAAAAACGUCCGAGCCAUCGACGUGUUGAAGCGCGGGCUGGAGGAUUUGGAGCGGGUAUGCGACCAUACGAUUGAAACCUUUGAGGCGGCUGUGGCGGUGCAUCAGCAGAACUAUUAGAGGGUGUAUGUUUAGUUAGGAUUAAAAUUUACAAUUUAAAUUGCUGUUAUAAGUAAUAAAAACAAAGUUACUACCCACAA